UCCCUUUUUGGCUGUGGUUUGAUUACUUUCCCAUCCAACAAUCUUUCUGUCUGUCUCUGUCUCUAUCUCUGUCUCCGUCUCGACGCGACGCGGAUGCCUCUCAAUUCUCGAUCUCACCCAAUUUCCGCUCCUCUGUUUGCAGAUUGGGCUCGAUUGUACGAGGCGGAUUUGUAGGGAGGUUCGGCUCGGCUCGGCAAGGUUUGGGAGUCUGGUCAGUUUGGCGUUCGUCGGAAAAGGGGCGGAAUUGAUUGGGGGUAGGGUUUUUGGUUGGGGCGGGAGGUGAUUGGAGCUGGAGAUUGUCGUCGGAGAGUUGUGGCGGUGGUGGUGGAGUGGAGUGGAGUGGAGUGUUAGAGGGGGUGUUUGAUCCACAGUUGAUUGGGAGUGUAAAUGAUCCUGGUCGGGGAUCUAGGGUUUCUGUGCAGCGUGGUGGUGGUGUUGGUUGGGUGGUUCGUGGCGCGCUGGAAAUGGCGGCGCGUGGCUGCGCGGAGGGAGGAGAUCAGGCGGCUGAUGAUGCUGGCGUCGGAGGAAACGGCUAGGGCUGAGCUAGAAGCGACCGUGGGGUACGGCGGCUAUGGCGCGGUUCAGGCGCCGGUGGUUUUAUCGGCGGCGGAGGAACCGGUUGUUCCGCCGGUUUUAGGAACGGGAUCGCCUCCUGCUCGGCCGGUGUCGUGUGGCCCGUAUCGUUGCGAGGUGUGCUUUAGUCCAACCACAACGCGCUGCAAGCAGUGUAAAGCUGUUCGAUACUGCUCAAGGAAAUGUCAAUUAAUCCAUUGGCGAGAUGGCCACAAGGAUGAAUGUCUCUCCCUUGUUUCACAUCAGAAUAUUGAUGGGGUCUCGCAUCCCCUUAUCAAGGAGUUUAAGCAAGAAGUUCAGAGCAGUCAAAACGUUUUUGAGAAUGGUGUAAUGAAUGCUACUAAAAGAGGUGGAUCGCAUUCUGAAGAAGACUUGUUUUCCGAUACCAUAUCUCAUGUUCUUUACGAGAAGAAUGGCACUGAAACUCAAAGCAGCAAUGGUUGGGAAAAAACUGAUAUAGAUGUGAAGGAAUCUUUCCAGUCACUUCCUGUUGAUUCUUCCUUGUCCGCCAGUUCAGCUGAUGUUUUGAUAGCUUUGGAUCGCAACUCAAAAGUUUGUGACAGAGAUGGCGGGAAGAGUUCAAAUGUACAUGUGGAAUCAAUGAAGCCAUUACAACCUAAUUUGAUCAAUCCUAAACAAGGAGUGGCCGUUUCUAGUGACUCGAAUCCUCUCAAGUCUGGUUGCAUUGAUAUAGAUGAUAUGUCUGACUCCUCAACCUCAUCAGCUUCUGAUGACCAUUUGUUUGCAACACCUUCUGCAACACCAUCCUCUGAUUUUUGGGGUGGAGCAGUCAAAUCCAUUCGACCCAAGGUUGAUGCAUUUGAUGUAUCUGCAAAUUUUGGCACAUUGAAUCUUCAAGCUGCCAAUCUUCAGUCUUCCAGAAGACUUAAAGUCAACGUCGAAACAGUAGCUUCUGAAACAGACAGAGUCACUAGAGACAAUUCUUGUCCAUCCACAUCAUAUCUCGACAAGUCAAGAGAAUUAUCACAACUGAAGGAAAAGGAUUCCUCGAGUCUUCAAUUUCCUGAUAGGGUUAAUGUCCGUGCUGAUGUGUUAGCUUCUGACACAAACACUGUCUCUAGAGAUGAUCCUUAUACAUCUACAUCAGUGGCCAGUAAGUCUACACAAUCAUCAAAAUUGAGUGAAGAUGUUUUGAAGUCCCGAGGACCUGUACUUUCAAGCCUCAAAUUGCCUGGCCAGGACAGUGUUGGCAAUUCUGUGAUGGGAUGUAAGUCGAAAGAGGAAGCUAAAAUGUCCUCCUCUAGUGCUAGUCUCAGACAUUCGGCUAAUCUGCAAUCUUCAACACCACCAGAUGACUUGGUGCAAGGAGUUUCUAGAACAAAUGGUAACUUAGAUGCUGUGAAAGAAAAUGGAUCUUCAGCGCCAGGAGUCUCCAAAACUAGUUUAACGUCAAAUAACUAUGCUGGAAACACUAUUCCGGAUGCGCAAAAUGAAUUUGCCCCUAUGGAUGCACCUUUUGCUUCAUGCAGCAAUUGUUAUACACAAGGCGCGAAAAUUGGGACCAAUGCAUUGACAAGGAAAGCUGUAGGUCAGAACAGAGCUUCAAGCUUUAGUAGGAAUGGUUCUUUAGGUGGUGAAGUUGGGACUAAGGGACAACCUGAGGGCGGGUCAUUUUCAUAUGAGCUUUUUGUGAAGCUUUACAAUUGGAACAAGAUUGAAUUAAUCCCCCGUGGACUUAUAAAUUGCGGGAAUAGCUGUUUCGCAAAUGCCGUGCUCCAGUGUCUGGCAUUUACUCCUCCGCUUACAGCUUAUUUUCUCCAAGGACUUCAUACCAAAGAUUGUAAGACGAAAGAGUGGUGCUUCACCUGUGAGUUAGAAGCACUGGUUAAGAAGGCUAAGGAGGGCAAAACACUUCUGUCACCCGAGCGGGUGAUGUCUCAAAUGCAGAAUAUAGGGCGCAACCUGGCUAAUGGCAGGGAAGAAGAUGCUCAUGAAUUUCUCAGAUAUGCAAUUGAAACCAUGCAAUCAGCUUGCCUGAAAGAAAGUGGAGUCAAGAUGCCGAGCUCUUUGAAUGAAGAAACGACUCUGCUGGGGCUUACAUUUGGUGGCUACCUCCAGUCAAAGAUCGAGUGCUUAGGAUGUGGAGGCAGAUCCAAGCAGCACGAACGAAUAAUGGAUCUCACUGUUGAGAUAGGUGGAGACAUAGGCAGUCUGGAAGAUGCUUUACGCCAGUUCACUCGGUCGGAGAUUUUGGAUGGUGAAAAUAAGUACAAUUGUAGCAGAUGCUGUUCCUAUCAGAAGGCCAAAAAGAAGUUGAGAGUGUUCGAAGCUCCUAAUGUCCUCACCAUUGCUCUUAAAAGAUUUCAGUCCGGAAAAUAUGGAAAGCUUAACAAGGCAGUCAAGUUUCCGGAGAUUUUGAAUUUAGCCAAGUACAUGAGCGAAACAAGCGACAAAUCCCCGAUUUACCAGCUUUAUGGGGUAGUGGUUCACCUGGAUGUUAUGAACGCAACGUUUUCUGGCCACUACGUGUGUUAUGUGAAGAAUAAUCAGGGAAAGUGGUACAAAGCCGAUGACAGUACGGUGCAAACAGCGGAGCUCGAAAAGGUAGUGUCCCAAGAUGCGUAUAUGCUUUUCUAUUCGAGGUGCUCGCCCCGAGCCCCCCGACCAAUCCGAAGCUCGAUGAUCCGGGACAAGAAACCGAGAGACCACCCGCCGUGUAAACCGGGAUCGUGCCCGGACGGGCCAUGGAACGUGGGCGGAUCCGGAUGCCGCACCUGUGCGUGCCGGAGCCGCUCGUCCCGUAAUCCCGGGCGAGCUAAAUCGGAGGCGGACAGCGACGUCUCCUCGUUGUUCUCGGAGAUAGGAUCCUACAGCACAGACAGCAGCAAUGGGGAGUCGACGAGCACGACCGACCACUUCGAUCAAAUGCUGCUGGGAGACGCAACGACUGCCGGUAACAACCGCUGCUGGAACACUCGGAGUCGGAGCGUUUCGGAUUCCGACGCAACGUCUUCUUCUUCGUCGUCGUCGGCCUCAUCCCCGUCCUCGACGUGGUCGUCGUUGCAUCCUCGCCACUCGCCGCUGGCGAACAUGGACCGAUACUCUUCCGACACCAAUGUGAGUUGUUCUGUUACUGACAAGGGCGGUUUUUGGGGCGGGGCGGCGGCUGGGAUGGCGGGGGCCGCGGCGGGGAGCGGGGGCGGCGAGUGUAAGAAUAAUGAGAAGCUGAGUUGUAAGAAUAGAGUAGGGAGCCAUAGCUCCAUAUCCAGAGGUGUAUAUACUUAAGAGAGAGAGAGUUUUAGAGAGAGAGGAUUAGAACUCUUUGAAAAGGGGGAAGAUUAAGAAGAAGAAGAGGGAGUUGAGAAGGGGGUGUGGAUUUAUUUAUAUGCUAAGUUGCCUCCAUCCAUAUUAACCCCUCAUUUUGUCAAAAAAUAGACUUUACUGACCUAAUAUUUUAUAUAUAUAUAUAUAUAUGUAGUCCCCCCUCCCUUGAUAUUAUAGUAUAGUAUAUAAGACAUGAGCAAGAAAGACAAAUAAAUGAAAAUAAAAGUACUAUUUAUAUCUUAUUAGUGUUUUUUGUGUGUGCUUCUUUGCUUGGUUUGAAUUUUGGAAAUAACUGAUUUAAGAAUUAUAUAUAU